AAAACCCUUGAAUUGAAACCCCACUUUGCCUUGUGUUCUUUUGUCUACACAGACAACAAGAACAGCUUCUUCUCUGUUGUGUUCUGUGUUUCAUCCUCGUAGUUUAUGUUCUCUGUUUCCAUUUCACAUUUUGUGGUGGCUGUGUUGUUCCAUUGAGAAAAACACAACAAUGGCAGAUCAAAACUGUGGUGGCUGUAGAUCCUGGGUGGACGACAUUUACUGGUCCCAUUUCCAAUUCCUUCACUUUGCUCAAUUCCUCCGUGCUGAUUAUGAACAGAACCUUGCACUUCCCAAAACAUUUUCUGAUAAUUUAAAGAAGAAGCUGCCGGAAAAUGUGACCCUUAAAGGUCCUGGUGGGGUUGUGUGGAAUAUAGGACUGACAACCAAGGAAGAUACUUUGUACUUCAAGCACGGGUGGGAACAAUUUGUGAAAGACCACUCUUUGAAAGAGAAUGAUUUCCUAGUCUUUAAGUACAAUGGUGAAUCAGUGUUUGAUGUUCUGGUAUUUGAUGGGGAGAGCUUCUGUGAGAAGGCAGGUUCUUAUUUUGUUCGAAAAUGCGGGCAUGCUACUGCUGAAAAUGCUGGUGGUGGAUGUUCUAGCAAGAGAAGAGAUACUGAUAACUCUGGUGAAGAAGUUAACACUCCUUCCAAUGGGGGUGUUGAGUGUGUUUCUCCUGAGAAAUCUGAGCACAUUAACAGUAUAGGAGUGCCAUUUGCAGUUCCUAUUGAAAAUCCUAAUGAAAAGCCUUCAAAUGCUGGUGUUGAAUUUGCUUGCCCUGAGCAAUUUAUGGAGGACGUAGUCCCGGAUCGAAAUGCUGUUCCCUCCCAAGCUGUUCCUUCCCAAACUGUUCCCUCCCAAACUGUUACCUCCCAAACUGUUCCUUCCCAAACUGUUACCUCCCAAACUGUUCCUUCCCAAACUGUUCCCUCUGAAACUGAUCCCCCGCAAACUAUUGGUAAAAGGAUCAGGAAGCCUGUUUAUGCUGCUACGCCCACCCCGGCUAAGAAGAGAGGAAGACCACCAAAAACAUCUAGCUCUCACGAGAGAUCCAUUGAAUGGGUGACGGUGGAACUUGAACCUGAACCUGCUUCAGUGAGUAGAACUGGGACAAGUGAGUUAUAUACCUCAAACAGAAGGCCUGUCACAGAAAAUGAGAUUGAAAAUGCCCUCCACUUGGCCAGGGCAGCAUGUACCGACUUCAGUUGGCAUGUAGUUAUGCGACCUACUCAUGUAUACAAGAGAUUCUUCGUGUCAAUCCCUAACAAGUGGAUAUUGAACCAUAUUUCUCCGUCAUCGCAAGAUGUAAUACUGCGCUCAGGGAACGGUGAAUGGGUUGCCAGAUACAGCUACCAUGCUAUUCGCCACUCUGGAGGACUUACUAAUGGGUGGAAGCAUUUUGCCGUGGACAAUAACCUCGAAGAAUUUGAUGUUUGCGUGCUUACACCAGCUGGCAAGGUCAACAACACAUUGAUUGUAGACGUGAGCAUUUUUCGAGUGGUUGAGGAGUUUAUCCCUCUCACUGCAGUGAAUUCUCCGGGGAAGAGGAGGGGUAGGAAGUCAGUAGCCAGUAUUGCUUAGACAGAAGUUUAGGAGGGCAUUUCUGUUGUCUGAGUAAAGUGUCAUUGUUGGAAUGCAAUAUUGUAGAACUGUUUAGGGUCACAGACCAAGUUCCAUGGUUUGUUUGUAGAGUCUGGAUGUUGUCAUGUUGGAUUGUUUUAACUUUUCAAAUCUUCUAAGAGGGUACUUAAUUAACGACGUACAUCUCGACCUUUUAUUGUUAAAAUUUGAAAUGAUGGGCUACAUUUCCUCA